AGUUCCGCUUCUGGACCUCCGACAAAUAGUUAUGGCGUCGGGGUGCCGGAUAGGUCCUUCCAUUCUGAACAGCGACCUGGCGGCUCUGGGAGCCGAAUGCAGGCGCAUGAUGGACUGCGGCGCAGACUACCUGCACCUGGAUGUAAUGGACGGGCAUUUUGUUCCAAACAUAACUUUUGGUCAUCCUGUUGUAGAGAGCCUUCGGAAGCAGCUGGGUCAGCAGUCCUUUUUUGAUAUGCAUAUGAUGGUUGCUAAACCAGAACAGUGGGUAAAGCCUAUGGCUGUAGCCGGUGCAAAUCAGUAUACCUUUCAUAUAGAAGCUACUGAUAAUCCAGGGGCCCUCAUCAAAGAUAUAAGAGAAAAUGGAAUGAAGGUUGGUUUGGCUAUCAAACCAGGAACCACAGUAGAUUUUUUAGCACCAUGGGCCAAUCAGAUAGACAUGGCUUUAGUUAUGACAGUGGAACCUGGCUUUGGUGGACAAAAGUUCAUGGAAGAUAUGAUGCCAAAGGUUCACUGGCUGAGAACUCAAUUUCCUUCUUUGGAUAUUGAAGUAGAUGGUGGCGUAGGGCCAGAUACUAUACAUAAAUGUGCGGAGGCAGGUGCAAAUAUGAUUGUGUCUGGGAGUGCUAUAAUGAAGAGUGACGACCCUAGAGCUGUGAUUAACCUUCUGAGGAAUGCCUGUUGUGAAGCUGCUCAAAAGCGUUCUCUUGAUCGCAACUGUAAGAACAAAAGAUUUUCACAAGGAAUUUAUCACUAUGAAAAAAUAACUUACCAGAAAAAAGAAUUUAAUCUUUCAAAUGAUCAAAACCCACCUUUUAGCCAAUAUUAAUAAAGAUGUAAAUCGGAAUUAGCUCUGUUUUAAGAGUGAGAAUCAAAUCAACAAAAUAAAAAUCCUUUUUUAAAGAAUGCAUGUUUUCAUUUUUCACAUUCUGGCUGGAUACUCAUAUAUUAGAAGUCAUAGUAAUUUAUAUAUUAAGAAAUGUGAGUAAGACGAUAAACCGGGAAUGAAGUUGACCAACAAAAUACAGACUUUGGCUUUGGCAAGCAAAUCAGAGGGGGGGGGGAUGUCAUUUCAUAUUCAUCACAAUUAUGUAAAACAUUUGAUGCCAAGCCAACAGUAUCUCCCAAUCAUGAUUUGUCAUAGUUAAAUACAAAAUACUAAAGGGAUUCUAUAUUUAUGUUCAUUUUUUGAUACAUAUUUCAAUCCAUUAACAUCACACUGUAGUAUAGAGAAAUAACUUUUAAUUUUAAAACCUUGCAUUGAAAAUUGGCGUAUCAGAGGCAAGAUUCAAAGUUAAUUUCCUGGACAAAGUAUUUAAAAAG